AUUCGUUUCCAAACAACAAAAUAUAAUAGUAAAUAAAAGACAAAACAACAAAUUUUCAAAAAAAGAAAAUAAACAAAAAAGAUUUCUAAAAUAAAUAUUAAAUAAUUGUUUUACUUUGUAAUUGUUAAUACAUUUAAAAGAACAGCAAACAAAAUGAAUACCAGCGAAAAAUUACAAAAGCAACAAUGUCGUACUUGUUACAAUGCCACCAAAGGCUUAAAACCUUUAACAGAUCUGACCAAAUGUGGUGGUGGUAGCCAACAAAUAUCCUAUGCCGAACUGCUGGCUGAUAUUUCCAAUAUAAAUAUAAUGGAGGAUUUUUACAAUGAAUUGCCACAAUUUAUAUGCGAAGCCUGCCAACGCAAAUUGAAAGCUGCUCAGGCAUUUAUACAACAAACUCAUGAGGUUAAUGAACGUUUAAUAGCAAUGCUGAGUAAUCAAAAAGAUACUUCCGCUACGGAAUUUACGUAUUUAGAAGAGGCUCCGGUGCAAGUUAAAAUGGAAUUUGAGGAUAGUUUGCCUGAACCUGAAGCUGAGCAACAAUGGCAUGAUGAACUGAAAGAUGAUGAAGAAAGUGCAGCUGGUUUAGAAAGCGCUGUGAUAGAGGGCAAUGAUGGCGUGGACUUUUUUAAAAUUAGUAAAGUAAACUCUUCAAAUGGUGUACAAAAUGAUAUAACACAAAUGCUGGCACUACUUAAUAGGAAAAUGGAUAUAUUAACACAAAACAAUGAAAUCCUGAAGCAUCAAAUGAGAGAUAUAAAGAAUCAAAAUACUUUAGUGCUAAAUGUUUUAAGUGAAAAUACCGAUGCUAUAGAAAAGUCAUUAAAUAAAAAUCCUAGGUUUUUAAAAAUAUUUCCGAUAAGUACUAUAGAACAAUUAAAUGAAAUAGAAGAUAAUAUUAAUGAACAAAAUGAAAAGGAUUAUAUUGCUUCCAUAAGAGCAAUAGCUGGUCAACGUGGCCUUAAGAAGGGCCUAUCCGAUAUAAUGACACCCAAACUUUUGGUAGAAUUCAAUGUUGAUGGCAGUCAUAAUAAACAACGUCUUUUGAAUUAUACCAAAUUUGUUAAUGUUUUAUUUCAUGGAACUUAUGAUGAAAAUUGCACCGAAAAAUCAUUUAAAUGUCAUUUAAGGGAUGCUUUAAAAUUGGUUAAAAAUCGUUAUUUCAAAGAGAAAUGUAUAUCUAAGGAUAAGAGUGAUAAUGUAGCCAAGGAAAUAGCAGCUUCUAAAUUGAGUGAUACUCAAGAUGUUUCACAAAAUGAGAUCAUUAUAUAAUUAUUUAAAAUGCAUUUUUCUUUUGGUUGCAUUUAAGGCUAGUUUUUAAUGUUGUAGCUGUAAUUUAUUUAUUUUAAAUUAUGAAGUAGUAUAUUUUGUAUUUCCUUCACAAUAAACAAAAAUUAUAUACUA